AUUGCACUCAGUCUAGAGAGAGAGAGAGAUGGGUACGAAGAGUGAGAUGAUGGAGAGAGACGCAAUGGCUACGGUGGCUCCUUACGCCCCGGUCACUUACCAUCGCCGUGCUCGUGUUGACUUGGAUGAUAGACUUCCUAAACCUUAUAUGCCAAGAGCGUUGCAAGCACCAGACAGAGAGCAUCCGUACGGAACCCCAGGCCAUAAGAAUUACGGACUUAGUGUUCUACAGCAACAUGUCGCCUUCUUUGAUAUCGAUGAUAAUGGCAUCAUCUACCCUUGGGAGACCUACUCUGGACUACGAAUGCUUGGUUUCAAUAUCAUUGGGUCGCUUAUAAUAGCUGCUGUUAUCAACUUGGCCCUUAGCUAUGCUACUCUUCCGGGGUGGUUACCUUCACCUUUCUUCCCCAUAUACAUACACAACAUACACAAGUCCAAGCAUGGAAGUGACUCGCAAACAUAUGACAAUGAAGGGAGGUUUAUGCCGGUGAAUCUUGAGCUGAUAUUUAGCAAAUAUGCGAAAACCUUGCCAGAUAAGUUGAGUCUUGGAGAACUAUGGGAGAUGACAGAAGGAAAUCGUGACGCUUGGGACAUUUUCGGAUGGAUCGCCGGCAAAGUGGAGUGGGGACUGUUGUACUUGCUAGCGAGGGAUGAAGAAGGGUUUUUGUCAAAAGAAGCAAUUAGGAGGUGUUUCGACGGCAGCUUGUUCGAGUACUGCGCUAAGAUCUACGCUGGUAUCAGUGAAGACAAGACAGCCUACUACUAAAGGUAUCCUUAAUGUUAAGUGAUCGAUCGAGCCUCUUUAUAGGCUAAUAAUCGAUCCAUGUUAAGCUUGUCCCUUUACAGUGAAUGAAGUUUCGGGUAGUAGUAUGGACUAUCGUCUAAGAGAUCUAUGUUUGUUUUGCUUUUUCCAAAUCUGUAUGGUAAAGUACACGUUGCAGCAGCUUAUAUAGAAAAGCUUGGGUGUUUUGUUGCGUUA